AACCCGCAUGUGCAUGACUGUGGCUGCUGUAACCUCCAAUCCACAACAAACAAUAAACCUUUUUGUUCUGCUGCGCAAUGUCUACUUCAAAGGACGUAUGUGUUGUCCGGGACGUUAAAUUAAGAAGCUCACAACUUGGUCCCGUUUUAGUUAACUUUGAACAUGCCAGAUUGAAGAAGGAAGAUGCACUAGAUUUGAAAUGCGGAGUUUAUACGUCCGACAACAACUCUAAUGUAUGCACCAUCGCUGCUGUUGCUGCUGAUGGAGAUGUGUUAUAUCAAGGUGAUGUUCUCAAAGAGGAUGGUGACCUUUGUAGAACAUUUUUAGCAGUACGAAACAAGAAAACAAACAAGAUGCGUUUAAUUGAAACCAGCCAUGUUAUGCUUUCCCCAAGUAUCGGUAGCAACGAUAUUGAUCAAUUGGGUAUGGAAGACAAGAAGCAAGCACAUUAUAAUCUGAGCCAUGCCUUUGGUUCUAAAAAGGCCAAAAGAAUUGCUGAUCAAAAGGCAAGAAUGGAAGUUAAUGUAGAUUCUGUUAAGGACAAACUUUCUUCCACAGUUAAUGAUAUUGUUGUGAAAGAAGAUAUGUUAGCGACAACUGAGGAUGAUAGCUUCACUAAAUUACUCCCCCUUUGCAAUCGAGAGGCAAAAGCUCCAGCUGAUGUGUACCCUAUUAGUGGUCUUCUGAAGAGAAAAGAGCUUGAAAGUUUGGAAAAUUAUUAUACUAAAGCUAUUGAAAGUGAAGAGCUCAAAAUUUCUGAAAUGUCUCAUCUUUACAAACAUUUGUCUAAAAAGAUUGCAGUAGGAAACACUACAUCGCAGGCACUUCUCUUGUAUGCCGAAGCUUUAAUACAUUUUUGCAAUUUACGUCGCAGCGAUGUUAAAUCAUGCCUUAAGAAGAAAGAAAUGUUGUGCUCUUUUUCUGAGGUACUCCAGAAAAGAAUAUCAAAAGAAUUCUUAUCUGUCAACGGUAUUUCCGUAUCAAGACCACAGUCGUUUUUGGAUAAGGCUGUUCUCCAUGUUAUUAUCAUUAGUCUGCAUGUUGGUGUUUUCCAAUUAGAUUUAGAUGUUGUGGCACAAAGUAUUAAGGAUAUGGACCUCAAUAGAAUUAGAAUGCUUGCUCGUGCUGUUGGCACAGUUCCUGUUAAAACCCAGACAGCUGUAAAGAAUCUUGUUAUGCUUAAGGUGCCACUUCCAUCCCCGCAAUCCAUGAUUAUGAAAACUCGCAAGUCGCGAAGAUAACUGCGGAAUCAGGACUUACAUGGUAAUUCCCUACAUGAUUUUUUUUUUUCCUACCUCCUGCAAUAGUUGGGUGUAGACUUGUGAUUCUGUUGUGAAUAUAUUCAUUGUCAGAA